CUGACGGGCGUACGUCUUUUUCAUCUGUGCAAAUAAGAAAGAAAAGUCAAAAAACUGUGUGUUGGCUCGAUUUAGGCAAAUAUUCAUAUUAUCACGUAAUUAUACAUUAUAAUGAGACCUACAUCAAACAAAGAGUCAUGAAAUUAGUUGAAAUAUAUAAAUAAAUCUAGGCAAUAUAGUUAAACCGUAAAGUUUCUUUGUCAAACGUCUAUUGGAUCGCCAUGAGAAUUAGCCUGAAAUAGUUAAAAAAUUUGUAUGGAUAUUUUGAAAAUGGAGGUGAGGGAGGCAGGAGAUGGGGCUGCGGCUGGUGAAUUUGAACAGGUGCCUUCGAAAAGAUACAGCUGGGCGGAAGUCCGACAGGCCGUCCAUGAUCUAAGAAAAGAGUUGUCUUCGCUGUCAACCAUGGUGCCCAUGGCGAUCUCCUUUCGAAAAUUAAGUAAUGGCAAAACAAGAGUGUAUUUUUUGAGAACUCCUCACAACGGCUGGGAAAUUACUCUUCUAUAUACUGAUAUCACCCAUUCUUCACAACCCAAUAACACCAGAUUAGAUUGGAAGCCAUUAAUCGAGUCAAACAUAGCGCUCGGUGUAACUUCCGGCAAGUGGUCACGGGAAGAACAAUUGUUGUGGGAGAGACAGCGCGUUGCUGCUUGGGGUAUUGCAUCUUAUGAAUUACAUCAGCCGACUGGCCGUGUACUCUUUCCUUGUGCAUCUUCUUUGUUUGUAGCGGAAGAAGGAACUAAUCAGUCACCACCACUUGUCCCACGCUCGCUGAGCACUGGCGGAGGCGCAGCCCUAACACCAGCGAUGUGCCCCCGCGCACCUUCUCUCGUAGCGCACGCAGCCCGGGGUGACAUCUGGUUAGCGGGCGGAGGCCUACAGAGACCGACACGUCUCACUUACGCUUGUAAAGGUCAUGAGCCUGAUAGAUUAGCGGAUGACCCCAAACAAGCUGGUGUACCAUGUUACGUCACUCAGGAGGAGUUCUCAAGGUACACAGGCUUCUGGUGGCAGCCCAAAUGUAAUGAUGAUGUAUUCAGGAUAGUUUAUGAGGAAGUUGAUGAGAGCGAGGUGAAGAUAUUCAGUUUCCCUUCAUCACAAAGUGUCAGCGGUGAAGUUGAAGAGUUUAGAUUCCCUCGAGCUGGUACACCAAAUGCCAAGUCUACCCUCAAGCUGGUGACCUUCAGACUGCAGAAGACAACACCUACCACAGUACUAGAUUACUACCAAGAGGGCGCUGCUGAGACACACUCAUCAGCGGAUAGUAUUAGUGAUUGUAUGGAGGCGACUGACAUCCGAUGGUACGAAAUGCGACAGCCGUUGAAAGAAGUCUUCCCCUGGUUUGAAUAUCUCGCCAGGGUCGGUUGGACUCCAUGCGGGAACUUCGUGUGGGUCCAACUUCUGGAUAGAGAGCAGCAGCGUCUGGAGCUGGUGCUGAUACCAUUGAGUGAGUUCAGCUGUCCCACAGGAUAUGAAGGCGCUGAUGUAUCUCACAUGCCUUCUGGAUAUGGAAAUGAGGAUAGGAGGGAGCAACAAAUCCAAGUAUUAAUAUCGGAGACAGCACCUGACGCUUGGAUCAAUGUCCACGACAUCCUUUACUUCCUGCCCAGUGCUGAUGAUCAGAUCAGCUUCAUCUGGGCUUCAGAGGAGACUGGCUACCUUCAUCUUUACAUGGUCACCUGCGCCCUGCAACUCACCGCCACGGAAAGAACACGAUCGGUGAUUGAAAUGAUAACGGAUGAUGAGUCGAAUGCUGUGGGACCUAAUAUCAUCAGUAAAGAGGCCAUCACCAGCGGUGAAUGGGAGGUGAUGGAUAGGAAGAUUUGGGUAGAUGAAGGUCGGCAAUUGGUGUACUUUGUGGGACUUAAGGAGACGCCCCUGGAGCGACAUUUAUAUGUCGCCCCCCUCCGCCCCGCAGCACCCCUCACCCUGCUGACCAGCCCCGGACACUCACACACAGUGGAUAUUGAUGAUGAAUGUACAACAGCUGUUAUAACGACAUCCAACAUAAGUAGUGUUCCGAGCACACGCGUCUACCGCAUCGCCCACACGGACCACACCACGCUCCUCGUGCAGGGGACACUCAUGGAGAAGAUCACAUGCGAUUCAUCAUCAGACAGUCGCAGCUUCAACGGCACCUGGGACAGUCGUGGUGAUGGAGACGAGGACGGUGAUAGUACGAUAUUAGUCAGAGAGCGUAGUCUGAGCGGUGUGAAUGUACCUCCGCCACAAAUUCUGCAGACCCGUCUGUCAUGUGGCGCACCUGCGUAUUGUACGCUGUGGCGCUGCGCACGCGCAGGUCGGAGUCCCACAGUACUGCAUGUGUAUGGAGGACCUGAAGUACAGACUGUCACUAAUAGCUACAAGGGUAUCCGACAGUUACGCAUGCAUAUGCUGGCUGCUCGAGGCUUCAAUGUGGUGUCUGUCGACUCCAGAGGGUCGAAGCAUCGCGGACGUGCAUGGGAAGCUGCUAUACGUGGCAAGAUGGGACAAGUUGAACUUGAUGACCAGGUUGAAGUGUUACAAUGGCUGGCUAAAGAGACCGGCUGUAUAGAUAUGGAAAGGGUUGCCAUACAUGGAUGGAGUUACGGUGGUUACCUAUCUCUGUUAGGUUUGGCGACACGUCCUAACAUCUUCAAGGUGUGUGUAGCGGGUGCUCCGGUGACGAGCUGGCGGCUCUACGACACGGCGUACACGGAGCGCUACAUGGGGCUCCCCGCUCGGGCUCCGCACGCGUACAGCAGAGCCAGCGUUCUGGCACAUGCACCUUUCUUCCCUGAACGUGAAGGCAGACUACUCAUCAUCCACGGUUUAGCUGACGAGAAUGUACACUUCUGUCAUACUGCGGCGCUGCUUGCUGAACUCGUGCGUCUGGGCAAGCCUCAUCGUGUGCAAGUGUACCCAGGGGAGAGACAUUCUCUACGCUCGAUGCACGCUGCAAAACACUACGAGGCGACGUUACUGCACUUCCUGCACGAGAAUCUAUAAACAUGCAAAUAAUGCCCACGAGUAAAUGAAUUUGUUACUGCUAAA